UGCGCGAGCGAGGCGCGGAGAGGAACGCGGCACGUGCGCCCGCGCGAGCGCACUCCCUCUAGCGCUGAGGCGAGCCGCGCGCGUCCUGCACGCGCUGAGGAAAACUCUCUCUCAUUUCUUUCCUGCACUCACUUUAACGCUGGACCGCCAGGACUCGAGGCACAGUCGCGCUCCACGGCCCCGGACACAGUCUUCUAGCUUGUGGCGGGAAUUGUUUUCUUUUUUCUUUUGCCGCCAGAAGCGUCGCGCGCGCUCCGCAACAUUUUGACUGGAGACGCUCGCGCGCUCGCCAGCCGUUACUGGAAAAGAAAGCGGCGAGUCGAGUUUUUAAUAGGAUCUCUGACAGAAAAACAGUCUCGGACGCAUUUCUUUUGCACGUUCUCGGCCACAUUCGACCGUUAACAAGUCGGAGGGACAGAAUUAACGGACAAGUUUGUUUAUUUCCCUCCGCCAGGCUCCCUCGGAGUGAAGCUCUGGCGAUGGAUUGGCGUCUGAGCCGCGCAGACGGAGACAGUGAGGCUCCUCAAAUCCGCUCGAACCGAUCUAAAGUAGUGUGAGGGAACAUCUGUAGGACGUUUGCUGAGGUUUCCUGCUCCUUCGCGUCGUCGUGCCGACAUGGGCGCCUCGCUGGAUUUAGCUUUAAGAAUGACUUUUCAACUCAGAGUCUGUCUCGUCUUCGCGACGGUGCGGAUAGUAACGUUAACGGACCCCAGCCACCCCAACCAAGUGAUUCUGCUGGACACCACAGCUGUAUUGGGUGAACUGGGCUGGAUGACCUAUCCAGUAAACGGGUGGGACGCCAUCACGGAGAUGGACGAGCAGAACCGGCCCAUUCACACCUUCCAGGUGUGCCAUGUAAUGGAGCCCAACCAGAACAACUGGCUGCGCUCCAACUGGAUCCCUCGGCAGGCGGCGCAGAAGGUCUAUGUGGAGCUUCGCUUCACGCUGCGCGACUGCAACAGCAUCCCCUGGGUAUCAGGCACGUGCAAAGAGACCUUUAACCUCCUCUACCUGGAGUCAGACGAACCGCACGGGCCUGGUGCCCGAUUCCACGCUGCUGACUACGGCAAGAUUGACACCAUCGCGGCUGAUGAGAGCUUCACACAGACGGACCUUGGUGAUCGAGUGUUAAGGCUGAACACAGAGGUGCGGGAGGUGGGCCCAAUUGCUCGGAAAGGCUUCUAUCUGGCCUUCCAGGACGUGGGUGCGUGCAUCGCCUUGGUGUCUGUUCGUGUCUACUACAAGAAGUGCCCAUCCACAUUGCGGAACCUGGCAGCCUUUCCAGACACAGUACCGCGCAUGGACUCGUCCUCAUUGGUAGAGGUGCGGGGUGCGUGUGUGGAGAAUGCCGAAGAGCGUGACACGCCCAAGCUGUACUGCGGCGCAGACGGAGACUGGCUGGUGCCACUGGGGAGGUGUGUCUGCAGCAUCGGUCAUGAGGAGAACGAUGGCCUGUGUCUGGCCUGCAGAGCCAGCUUCUAUAAGGCCUUUGCAGGGAACAUCAAGUGCUCCAAGUGUCCCCCACACAGCUUCAGCCACUCUGAGGCAUCCGCCCUGUGCCACUGUGAGAAAGGUUUCUACAGAGCCGCCAAAGACCCGCCCACCACUGCCUGCACACGACCACCCUCAUCUCCUCGUAACCUGGUCUACAACAUCAACGAGACGACCCUCUUGCUGGAGUGGGAUCCACCCGGUGACACAGGAGGGAGGAAGGACCUGACCUAUAACGUGGUGUGUCGCCGCUGUGGUGGGCCAGGUCAGCCAUGUGAUCCCUGCGUUAGUGAUGUGCGUUUCAUCCCCAGACCUGUGGGCCUCACUCGCACUUCAGUGGCUGUGCAGGACUUCAUGGCAAAUGCUAACUACACUUUCCAGAUUGAAGCGCUCAAUGGCGUGUCCGGGAUGGGCCGGGCAGCGCGGCAGGUGGCCAAUAUCACCAUCAGUACAGAGCAGGCGGGCCCAUCUCUGGUAGGAAUGGUGAGGAGGGACUGGUCAUCUCAGAACAGUAUUGCACUCUCCUGGCAGGAGGCCGAUCAACCCCAUGCUGCCAUCCUUGACUACGAGAUCAAGUAUUAUGAGAAGGAGCAAGAGCAGUUGAGUUACUCCUCAACUCGUACUAAAGUUCCCAGUGCGAUUGUAACAGGCCUCAAGCCUUCCACUGUUUACAUUUUCCAUGUGCGUGCUCGCACUGCGGCCGGCUACAGCAGCUACAGCCCCAAGUUUGAGUUCUCCACAGGAGAUGAGGACUCAGAGGAGGUCUCUGAUCAGGGUCAGGUGUUGGUGAUUGUUACAGCAGCAGUGGGGGGCUUCUCUCUGCUCGUCAUCCUCACACUCUUCCUCCUCAUCACUGGCAGGUGUCAGUGGUAUAUUAAGUCCAAGUUGAAAUCAGAGGACAAGAGAAGGACGCAAUAUCAGAAUGGACAUGUGCCAUUCCCAGGAAUAAAGACCUAUGUUGAUCCAGACACUUAUGAAGAUCCUUCACAGGCUGUCCAUGACUUCGCCAAAGAGAUCGACCCAUCCCGCAUCCGUAUAGAGAGAGUUAUUGGAGCUGGUGAGUUUGGGGAGGUGUGUAGCGGUCGUCUUCGAACUCCAGGGAAGAAGGAAACCCCAGUGGCCAUAAAGACGUUGAAGGGCGGCUACACUGAGCGGCAGAGGCGGGACUUCCUGCGAGAGGCGAGCAUCAUGGGACAGUUUGACAACCCUAACAUCAUCAGACUGGAGGGCGUGGUCACUAAGAGUCGUCCAGUGAUGAUAGUAGUGGAGUAUAUGGAGAAUGGAUCAUUGGACUCAUUUCUGAGGAAGCACGAUGGGCACUUCACCGUCAUCCAGCUGGUUGGAAUGCUGCGCGGCAUCGCCUCUGGUAUGAUGUACCUGUCCGACAUUGGCUACGUCCACCGGGACCUGGCAGCCCGGAACAUUCUGGUGGAUGACAACCUGGUGUGUAAGGUGUCGGACUUCGGCCUGUCCAGGGUGCUGGAGGACGACCCGGAGGCAGCCUACACCACCACGGGAGGGAAGAUCCCUAUUCGUUGGACGGCUCCAGAGGCCAUACAGUACAGAAAGUUCUCCUCAGCCAGCGACGUCUGGAGCUACGGCAUCGUCAUGUGGGAAGUGAUGUCUUAUGGAGAGCGGCCAUACUGGGAAAUGUCUAAUCAGGAUGUGAUCCUUUCCAUUGAGGAGGGCUACCGGCUGCCAGCCCCCAUGGGCUGCCCCGUGGCUCUGCACCAGCUGAUGCUGCACUGCUGGCAGAAGGAACGCAGCCAGCGGCCGCGUUUCCAUGACGUGGUCAGCUUCCUGGACAAGCUCAUCCGUAACCCCAGCAGCCUGCUUACACUGGUGGAGGAUGUGCACAGUUUACCAGAAUCUCCAGAAGACAUGCCCGAUUACCCUCUCUUCAUCUCCAUCGGUGAUUGGCUUGACUCCAUUAAGAUGAGUCAAUACAAGAACAACUUCAUAGCAGCAGGGUACACCACCCUGGACUCUAUCUCCAGCAUGAGUAUUGACGAUGUCAGGAGGAUUGGUGUGUCCCUAAUUGGCCACCAGAGGAGGAUAGUGAGCAGCAUACAGACGCUACGACUGCAGCUCCUCCACGUUCAACAGAGUGGCUUCCAUGUAUGAGACGGACCAGUGAACACUCACACACACUAAUACACACACAUACAUACACACAGACACACACCCCCCACACACAUACACACGCACAUAGUCAGGCCUGAUCUGUCGUACCAACCGCACUCAGAGAACUGCAAUGCUUUGGCUUUUUCUCAAGACUUCUCAACUGGCCUUUGAGGACUUCCAAUAAACAGUUGGAAUAAACAGACCGAAAGAAGAUUCUGAAUGUCAUUGGUUAUUUGUCUUCGUGCUGAGCAAAACAGUUGAAGAUGGACAGCCAAUCAGGGUUCCGCGAGAGCACGGCUCUGUCGCCAUGGUGAUGUCAAGUCCGUCAGUUGUCCUACGAGUUCGGUGACUGGCCGGAUUCACAGUCCAAGAACUUUUAAUAGUUAUAUUUGCUAUUUUAAUGUAUCGAGUAUGUGUCUUAAAGAGAUAUUUAUCGUUUAUUCAUCAUGCUACUUCCUGGAGCCUCUGAAAAAGAGAGACUGUUGAAUGUCAGUGGAUUUAUAUGACUAUUAACCCAUUAUUUAUCACAUCUGAUAUUUAUGCUGGUAUUUAUAUGUAUGUGUAUGUGAUUUUUUUCUUUGUUUGUUUGUUUUAUAUUUAUUUUUAUUUAUUUAUUUGUUUGUUUGUUUGUUUGUUUUUCCUCAGCAAUAUGUGCGGUCUUUUCGGAACAUCAGAAAAGAGCCAAGAUAGGGAGUAGAGAAUUGUAUCUUACUCUGUUAGAAAAAAAAACUCCAUACAGAAACCAUAGACCUCCUCAGGCAGUCUGCUAUGCCAUACAAGAACGACCUUAGAACUUUUGGAAGACUGAAAGCCAUGGUCUCAUGCUUCUGCAUCAGGCCUGACACAUCAAAACUCAAGAAUUGUACGUGCUGGUCUUGAUAUUCGAGACUUGGAGAAGCUCUGCUGGGAUGAUAAUUCGGUAAUUUGUUGGCCGUGCGAAACACAGAAAAUUGUUAUAGUUUCUUAACCCAUUUAUGUCCAUAUCUUGAUUUUACAUUUCCUUUGUUUCAUAUGUCCUCUGAGCUCACCUGAGUUCAGAUGCGAAGGAAUUUUUAAAAUCGAUUAAGUCAUAUGGGUAAAAAGUGGGUUUUUUUUACUUAAUUUAAAAGGGCACUGAUCCUUCUAUUGAUUUAUCAGAAUUUAUGCACAAUUAAGUGGUGAAGAUGUAAAGAAAGGCAUUCAGAGAUUAUAGAGAAACGUACUGACUUGGAUGUCUUCAUGGUGAAUUAUUACAUGCAGUGGUUUUGAUGUCACAAAUAUACCCAUUUAUAACCAGGGAACCUACAUGUGUAGGUUUAUCUGCAAUGCUGAUGAAGGUAAAAUAAUAAAAAUACAGAGACUAUUUUAUCUAACAACACCCAGCAUGUACAUCACCAUGAAGGUUAAAAAUUUAUAUGCUUUAGGUCAAAAUAUUAUUGUAAAAUUAUCAUGAAACUAUGUCUCAUGCAUCAUCUUGCUUUGAUUGACUAUUUGGAUAUCCUGUCACCACCACUGUAAACACAUCUGACUCUGUGAGUGAAACAGUUUGCAACAAA